AUGGCGAGCCCAGGGAGACAAACAGAUGGCUGGGCUCUACAAACUUUCUCCAAUAAGCCGCCAAAGAGUCAGCCACACAUAUUCUCUCCCUUUCUGUGGACCCCUCUCCUCUUCCUGCUCAUGGGGCUAGGAGCCUCUGAAAAGGACUCAGCCCCAACAGUGGUGAAAGGGAUUCUAGGGGGUUCGGUGAUUCUCUCCCUGAACAUUUCAGUAGACACAGAAAUUGAGCACAUCACCUGGAGUGGUCCCCAAGAAGCUUUGGCUUUAGCAGAUGCAAGAGGAAAGAUUAUCUUAAUAGACAAAAGUUACCAGGGGCGAAUAAACAUCACCCAGAACAACUCCUUGUCUAUCAACAAGCUGACUCUGAAAGAUGCAGGAUCCUACAAAGCCCAGAUAAACCAAAAGAAUUCUGAAGUCACCACAAGUGAGAAAUUCACCCUGUCUAUCUAUGAACAGCUGCAGGAGCCCCGAGUCAUCAUGAAGUCUGUGAACAUGUCUGAGAACGCCUCCUGUAACAUCACCCUUGUAUGCUCCGUGAAGGGGGCAGGGGAAGAUGUUCAGUACUACUGGACUUCGAGGGAUCCCCAUGCUUCUGAAUCCUGGGGGGGGCCUAGUCUCACCAUCUCUUGGUUGCCCUGUGACCCAAACCUGCCAUACAUCUGCAGAGCCAAGAACCCAGUCAGCCAGAGCAGCUCCCGCCCUGUCCAUGCCUGGCAGUUCUGUACAGGUCUAGGAGCUUCCAGAGGAAGACCAAUGGGGGAGACAGUGGCGGGGAUCCUGGGGGAGUCCAUCACCCUGUCCCUGGCGCUCCCGGACAGUCAGCACAUAGACAACGUUGUCUGGAUGUUUAACACCUCUAUUAUCAGCAAAGAGUGGGGAGAAGAAGCAACAGCCAAUCAACUCAUUAAGUUCAAGGAUCCAAAUCAGAGCACGGUGUGCGUCUCCAGCCAGGACUACUCCCUAAUGAUUGGCCAGUUGAAGAUGGAGGACGCCGGCCCCUACCACGCCUAUGUGUGCUCAAACACCAGAGUUGCCAGCAUAAAACAUAUCAACCUGAGCAUCUACCGGAGGCUGAAGAAGCCAAAAGUCACCAGGAGCCUCGGGCUCACAGAGGACGGCGUCUGCAGGAUCAGCCUGACAUGCUCAGUGGAGGACAGUGGACACAACGUGACAUACAGAUGGAGCCCCCUACAGAAAGGAGCUGUCGUGUCCCAAGGGGGAGCUCACCUCAGUGUUUCCUGGAGAAGUGGAGAAAAACACCCCAGUUUCACAUGCAGAGCCAGCAAUCCUGUCAGCAACAGCUCCCAGCAGUUUCUUUCUAGGGACCUCUGUCCAGGACCUGAGAGGACAGCACUUUGGUCUGGGCUCUCCCUGAUGGUUCUUUUCACCCUUCUGUGCUUUGGGAUCUCUGGCUGGUGCUUUUGGAAGAAAAAAGGACGAUGUUCAGCCCCAGCCUUCAGUUCCAGUCAAGUUGAGGCUCCAGCUGACACACCAGAGCCCACUGCUGACCACACAGUAUAUUCCAUGCUCUCCCAAGGGUAUGAGAAGAUGGACACUUUCCCUAAGACUGCCAGGCACAUCUCUGACAGCAGCUCUGACAGCAAUGGGACAACUGAGGAGGAUGAGGAGAGGACAGAGAUGCACCAGCCCGUCAAUGGAAGAGACCAGGUGUGUGAUUUGGUCACUCAGGAGGAUGCUGGACAUGACUCGGACUCUGAGGGGCAAGCAGAGUAUGAUCUCGUCACUCCAGAUGACACGACACCGGCGCUUGCGAUUGAAGGGGAAACUGUGUAUACACAGGUGUUCCUAGACUUUCAGGGACAGACCCCAGUUCCUCAGAAGAAAGAGAGGUCAGCCACAAUCUACUGCUCUAUACAGAAACCUCAGAAGGUGGUGCCAGCACCGCAACAGAAUGAUCUUGAGUUUCCUGAAAUAUCUACCUAUGAAAAUGUCCCCUGA